UCCACUUGCACUUCUCACAAAUGCCUCUCUCUUAAUUAGUCUUUAAAUCUCAUCUCUAUCUCUAUCUCUCUCUAAUAUAUACACACAACUAAAUAAAGUUUAGGAACUGAAAUAUAUCUAAUAAUAAAAGGAACAUAUAUGACAAGUAGAAUGAAGAAGAGGUGUAAUGAAAAUGAAGAGGGUGUAGAGCAGAGAAAAGGGCCUUGGACGCUUGAGGAAGACACUAUUCUCACCAAUUACAUUGCCCAUAACGGUGAAGGCCGAUGGAAUGUACUCGCUAAAUCUUCUGGGCUAAAGAGAAAAGGAAAAAGUUGCAGAUUACGAUGGUUAAAUUACCUCAAACCCGACAUAAAGCGAGGGAAUCUCACUCCUCAAGAACAACUCUUAAUCCUUGAACUCCAUUGUCAAUGGGGUAAUAGGUGGUCCAAAAUUGCGCAGUAUUUACCGGGAAGAACGGACAACGAGAUCAAAAACUAUUGGAGAACUAGAGUUCAGAAACAAGCACGCCAGCUCAACAUCGAUUCCAGCAGCCACCAGUUCUUGGAAGCUGUACGUAGCUUCUGGGUUCCAAGAUUAAUACACAAGAUGAAAGAUAACUCAAACACCAACACCAAAACUCCUCAUCCGGAUUCACUUGGACCCGUCGAUUCACUUGGACCCGUCUCUCACGAUUCAGGUUUCAACAACAUGGGUUGUUCCACUUCCAUGUCUAAAGAACUCACGACGAAAAUGUCACAAUUCAUGGAUUUGUCUGAUCUUGAAACCACCAACUCAAUGUCCUUGAAAGGAUCACGAGGGAGUAGUAAUCAAUGUGUGAGUGAAGAUUAUUGUUCCCUCCCUUGCCUGGAGGAAGAGUACAUGGUGCCCACCAUGGGCAACUCGGACAUUUUACCAUUUAAGGAUUGUCACGUAGCCGAUUCGAGUUACGAGGAGGAUGUGACACAAGAUUCAAUGUGGAACAUGGAUGAUAUUUGGCAGUUUGAGGAGUACGCACACUUUAACUAGGAUGUGGAGCCAGUGGAUAAAGAUGUUCUUACAACCUUAAAUUAAAAAAAAAAAGAUUGCCAAGAAAACUUAAUAUCUUAAAGGAGAGUUUCUAAGUAUUGUAUCAUCUUUCUUAUACUCACUCCGUUUCAUAUUAAGUGUCGUUGUAGAAAAAAUUUUCGUUGCAAAAUAAGUGUCGUUUUAGU